AUGUCAGAACCAACUCCAAAAGAUUACUCUAUUGCUGAACUGGUGGAGAAGGACCCUAGGUAUGCAGCAAUGAAAGAAAGACUUUCAGGUUUCAGAAAGGGCUCCGAUGAAUACAUCAAGGAACUGGUAGAAGCGUUGCCUUUGACUAGUUACCCCAGAUACAAGACUUUUUUGAAACAACAAGCAAUUCCUUUGAAAGGCUCUGAAAUUCAAGGUUUUAGUCCUACCUAUAGAAGUUCCUUAUCUCCAGAAAGGCUAGUUACUUGUUUAGAUAAGAGCCUGCUUUCAAUGUACGACCAUUUUCUUUUCUCCGUAAGAAACUGGCCUGAUAAUGAUUGUCUGGGUAGAAGACAAUUCGAUGCAUCUACCAAUACUUGGGGUAUAACAUAUGAAUUUGAUAGUUACCGAAAUAUUGAGGCAAGAAGUCGUGCUUUAGGGAGCGGUAUAAUGUCCCUAGUUAAUAAUAAGAGAAAGAUGCCACUUGACAGCAACGACUUCAUAGUCGCUAUUCUUUCUCAUAAUAACCCUGAAUGGGUUAUUUCUGACUUGGCAUCUCAAGCCUAUUCCCUAACGAACACUGCUUUAUAUGAAACUUUAGGGCCACAAACUUCAGAAUAUAUCAUGAAUUUAACUGAGUCUCCAGUUUUGAUCUUUGCAAAGUCUAACAUGUUUAAAGUACUUCGUAUUCUUCCACAUUUGAAAUUUGUUAAUACCUUAAUAUGUAUGGAAGAAAUGAAUAGUGAAGAAUUAUCCUUAAUUAACAAUUCGUUACUUUCAAACCAAGUUAACUCCAAGAAUGAAGUAAUUACUUUAUAUUCAAUGAAACAGGUGGAACAACUGGGUGUUUUAAAUCAGGUCCCAAUAAUAAAACCAACUGCUGAUUCAGUAUACACCAUUUCAUUUACAUCAGGUACUACGGGCUUACCAAAGGGUGUAGAAAUGACACAUAGAAAUAUUACGUCUGGUAUUGCAUUUGGUUUCUCCACUUUCAAGAAUUUGAAAACAAGAACUGACCAACCAUUACAUGAUUUGUGUUUCUUACCUUUAGCUCACAUUUUCCAAAGGAUGAUGGUCGCUUAUAAUUUUGCGAUGGGUGUAGGUAUGGGAUUUUUACACAAACCUGAUCCAACUGUUUUGGUGGAAGAUCUUCAAGUUUUGAGACCAGAUGCAAUUGCCCUUGUGCCACGUGUGUUAACAAGAUUUGAAGCUGGUAUCAAGAGCUCCCUUGACAAAUCUGCUUUCCAAAAAAACGUUGCCAAUAAUAUUUUGGACUCCAAGAUCUCUCGUGCAACUUCCAAAGGUGGACGUGAUAAAUCACUAAUGAAUUUCUUGGUAUUUCAUCGUGUCCUCAUUGAUAAGAUUAGAGAUUCCUUAGGAUUAACCAAUGCUUCUUAUAUUGUUACUGGAUCGGCUCCAAUUUCCAAGGAUACUUUACUAUUCUUGAGAAGUGCAUUGGAUAUAGGUGUGAGACAAGGAUAUGGAUUAACUGAAUCUUUCGCAGGUGUAUGUCUAAGUGAACCCUUUGAACGUGAUGUGGGCUCAUGUGGUGCAAUUGGGAUAAGUUGUGAAUGUAGAUUAAAAUCUGUUCCUGCUAUGGGCUAUGAUGCUGCUAAGGAUUUAAAGGGUGAAUUGCAAUUGAGAGGUCCGCAAAUAUUUGAUCGGUAUUAUAAGAACCCUGAAGAAACUUCAAAGGCUUUAGAUGAAGAGGGUUGGUUUUCUACUGGUGAUGUUGGGUUUAUUGAUGCAAAAGGUAGACUUCACAUAAUUGAUCGUGUAAAGAAUUUUUUCAAAUUACAACAUGGUGAAUACAUUGCUCCAGAAAAGAUUGAAAAUACUUAUUUGUCAUCAUGUCCAUACAUUACACAAAUUUUUAUUUAUGGCCAUCCAUUGAAACCACAUCUUAUUGGCAUUAUUGGUAUAGAUGUUCAAGGGGUUCAGAAGGCAUUAGAAAGAAAGAAUCCAGAAGUUAGAAUGUGGACGGGUGAGCAAUUAGUAGAGAACUUGAAUACGGACCGCAAAUUAAGAUGUCAAUUAUUAACAAUUAUUAAUAGGUAUACAGUCGGAUUACAAGGGUUUGAAAAAAUGCAUAAUAUUCAUGUUGGUUUAGAACCGCUAACUGUUGAAGAUGAUGUGAUUACACCAACUUUGAAAAUUAAACGUAUGAAUGCCACCAAAAAGUUCAAGGAAAUAUUAGACGUUUUAUAUGAGGAUGGGUCAUUAGUUAAAGAGGGUAAACUUUGA